UUAGUCAAUUUCAAAUCCAGCUGCACGUGUAAAAUUUGUGAGCCCUCCGUCGUAAAUAAAAGUUCUUUAGAGAAAUUGCAGCAAUAAUCAUGAGUGGAGACGAGUCCAGUGACGGUCUGGAAGACCUCAAGGACCUAAUGGCCCUAUACGGCAAUCAGAAAGAGGAGGAUCCAAAAGAUGGUGAAAUUAAGCGCUUUAUGCGGAAGGCCUCGCAGGCCAAGGAACUCAACUACGUGGAGGUCCCCAUGGAAAAGGUACUCUUCGGCGACCGACAGCGUUUCCUCACCAAUCUGGCCAAGUCGGUAGGCCAGAAAUGGCAGCCCAGUGACGACGAGGAAGAGGGAGAACGCAAUAGCGUCCAGCAGAAAACUGGAGACAAGCGGAAAGCGGCCUGGUCGGAUUCCGAUGACGAGGAUCUUCAAGUGGGCGAUGUCAAAAAGGCCACCAAGCACACGGGUCCACUUAACCACCUACGGAAGGACAAAUCCUACAAGGAAUACCUCACAGCUCGAUUCCACCGCACUCUUAACCAGCCCAAGUGGGCGGAAAAGAAGGUCAAGAAGGACGAAGAUGACGACCUCUCCUCCGACGAGGAGCUGCUGAAAACCGUGGGCUUCAUCGACCGCAAGGCACGCAGCAGUGAUUUGCCCCAGAAAACCCUGAACUUCAAGAGGGUCAAGGACCUAAACAGAGCCACCUAUUCCGAGGGCUUGGUCUCCAGCAUCCAGUUCCAUCCGAGCAGCACCGCCGCUCUGGUUUGUGGGGAAAACUCCGUUGCCACCAUCUACACGGUAGACGGACAGAAGAACGAGAAGCUGCACAGCAUGCGCUUCAAGAAGUUUCCGCUGGUCUGUUCCAGGAUCGCUCCGUGCGGCACAAAAGCGUUCUUCGGUUCGGUAAGAAGAUUUUACUACGCCUACGAUCUGCUGGAGGCCAAGGAAUCCAAAUUGACGAUGCCGGGAGAUAUAAAGACCAUGCACAAAUUCGAGGUUUCACCAUGUGGCAAAUUCAUUAUUGUUGCUGGAAAGUAUGGAGCCAUCCAUCUGCUCACGGCGAACACAAAUGAGCUGCUGCACAGCUUCAAGCAGGAGGGCAAAGUAAAGGAUUUCACUUGGUCUGCGGACUCUAAAAGGGUCCUUGUCUGCGGCGCCACAUCCAAUGUUACCGUACUGAAUCUUCGGCAGAACCUAAUCGAACACACCUUCAUGGACGACGGCUGCAUCAAUGGACAGUGCAUCCAACUGGCGCCGAACCAACGUCUUUUGGCCACUGGCAGCCAAGAGGGCGUGGUAAACAUCUACGACUACGAGAACGUGUUCGUUUCCAAAGCGCCACAGCCCGAGAAGCGCUUCAUGAACCUGAGGACUGGCAUCUCGGAUCUGCAGUUCAAUCACUCAUCCGAGCUGCUGGCGAUGAGCUCCGGUGAGGCGCCUAAUGCCGUCAAGCUGGCCCACUUCCCCAGCGCCACCGUGUUUUCCAACUUCCCGAGUCAGAUCGAGAACGUGGGCUAUGUGACCUCCAUGGCCUUCUCGCCGCACAGCAGCUUCCUGGCCUUCGCCACCAAGGGCAAGCGGGUGCCGCUCUUUAGGCUUAAGUACUUCAAGGGAUACUAAUUGAAGGCUGUAUGAUUUAUAUAAAAUAUUAUUAUGAGAAAAAGUA